AGAUCUGUGUUGGGCUUUAGUUUCGUUACUGGGCUUCAGUUUAAUUGAGAGAAAGAGGUCGGGGAAAAUUCAUAACAUUCACCUUCUUCAAAAAUGGGGAAAUAUCAAUAUCUAGGGUUCUUCAACUUCUCAAUCAUCUCUGACAAUGGAGUUUCGGGACAGUUAUCAGAGAUGAUUCGUGAUGACGAUACCAUAGUUCGAGAUGUAUCGGUGUCGUUUCGUCUCAAUUUUCUUCUCCCAGAAACGGUUAUGGGAUGCAUUGACUCAGUGCCAUAAAUGACAUUCUUAACUCUUUCGACCAUUCAACGGUCUGACGGUGCCUCUCCACCUAUAAAAAGUAGAAUGGGAGAAGACGCUCAUGGGAAGCUGAUAGAAGGUGUGAAGGGGGAUGGAUCUGAAGGGUGUGGAGUCCGCUUGGAUUACGUAAAGUUGGUGACGGAGGAGCCGACGGGACAAACAGUGGUGAUGCUGCAAUAGGACGGGCAGAACACGAUCAUUAUUGUAGCUGGUGCUAAUAUGAGAGGGUGGCCUGAGAAGAUGAUCAAUGAUGUUUGAGAUCGUCAGGAAUGUUGGUGUUGUGCUGCUUCAAAGAGAGAUCCCAGACUCCAUCAACAUUCACGUUGUGAAGGCUGUGAAGAGAGCAGUUGUUUCGGUCAUCUUGACUUGGGAGGAAUGGAUAUGCCAAUCCCUAAUGAAGUACUGGAUUCAGUCGACAUCUUGCACCCGGAUGAAACUGAGCUCUGUCGCUUCACCGGAAGACCUACUGAAACUUUUGAACAUAUUAGCCAAGUCGUCGCAAAGUGUCAUAAGUUGGUACUUGACGGAGAGUAUGGUUAAACCAUCAUCUUUUCAUAAAUGUCUCCAUCAUGAGUUCCGGCCACGACCUAGCCACCUCAACGUAAUGCAUAAAGAUCAAGAUUAGAAAAAUAGUAAUCAACGUUUUUUAAUUUUACUUUUUUCGUUCUUGCGAGUUAGGGAAUUACCAUUAUGAUGAUGACAUCACCCAGUACCGUAUUCUCGGUUGGUUUAUUAUAUACCAUUAGAUAUAGAUACUUUAUUAUGAACGUUCUAAUCUUUACUCUCUUUUUCUUGAAACACUAACGUCCUAAACUUAACAAUUUUUAGUUUUAAAAUAUCUUUGACAUU